GAGAGAGAGAGAGAGAGAGGAGAGAGAGAGAGAGGGGGGGGGGGGGGGGGAGCGCUCUUAGAAACAGAAAGGUACACAGAAGAGAGUGGACGACAGAAGCUAAGAGAAGCAGAAAGAGGACGGUGGCUCCAAGCAUCUCCUGCGCACCUUUUCAUUGCUGCACGCUCACGGAUCAUAAAAGUCUCCACUUUACUUUAUCUUCCUCGAGUUUGCUUCAUAGAGAGAUUACAACUUUUAUAAAAGAGGCUUUUUGUUCUUUUUUUUUUAGUUCAGAGAGACGCGAUUCCUGGAAGACUUUUCGUUAAUUCCCCCCCCCCCCAAACCAAGUAUUUCCAUCCCUGCGAGAAGUUUUAAAAAGUAAAGCCCUUGUUUGUUCCAGGGCUCGGCUUCACUUUUUCCACGUGUCCCACGGUGUCACAGCUUCUGACAUAAACGUGUCACCUUGAGAUAUUUUUUUGCCUGCCUUCAAAUUUCAGACUUUAAAAAACAACAACUUUAUUUUAAGUCACUGACCCACAAACGAGACCAAAGAUGAGAUUUCAAACAUCAGGACAGUCCCCAGUCUUGAGUGAUUGUUGUUCUAAAUGCUUAAAUCACUAAAACAAAGUGAGUUUUAAUGGUUUUAUUUUUUCACUUUACAAGCUGAGUUGUGAUACUGAAGAUCCGGGGGGCGCCUGGCUCACCUGUCGCAUCUCCUCCACUCCGCGGAAACUUUGACUUGCACUUUUGUUUUACGCACAGAAACGCCACUUGUGACUAUUUCAAGAGAGAGAUCCUCACUAUCUGAAAGAAAAAAAUCGGACUCCACACAGUUCAUUCAUUCUGACAACACAACCGCCUCGGCUUUGGCGUGCGUAAAGGAGCAUUGCGCUUUUUACGCAGACCGAACUUGAAAAUCAAACUUUUGAAAUUACCCGGAGGAUCCAGAUCUACAGAUUUUUUGUCACGAAUUCAAAGAUUAAAGACACUCCCGCUGUGCCCAAGAGAGACUACCGGGAUUUUCAUCACCAUGCUGUUCGACACUUUCGACCUCAUCUCGGCUCUGGCCACCCUGGCCGCCUGCCUGGUGUCCAUGGUCCUGCUCCUCGCCGUCUCCCAGCAGCUGUGGCAGCUCAGAUGGACGGCCACGCGGGAUAAAAACUGCAAGCUGCCCAUGCCCAAAGGAUCCAUGGGCUUCCCUUUCAUCGGCGAGACCUGCCACUGGCUCCUGCAGGGCUCGGGCUUCCAUGCAUCGCGGAGGCAGAAGUACGGCAACGUGUUCAAGACCCACCUGCUUGGCCGCCCUCUGAUCCGCGUGACAGGCGCAGAGAACGUGCGCAAAGUGCUGAUGGGCGAGCACACGCUGGUGACGGUAGACUGGCCUCAGAGCACCGCCACGCUGCUGGGACCCAACUCACUGGCCAACAGCAUCGGAGACAUCCACCGCAAGAGGAGAAAGGUGUUUGCCAAAGUGUUCAGCCACGAGGCCUUGGAGUCCUACCUCCCGAAGAUCCAGCAGGUCAUCCAGGAGAGCCUCCGAGUAUGGAGCUCCAACCCUGAGCCCAUCAACGUCUACAGGGAGAGCCAGAAGUUGUCGUUCACCAUGGCUGUGAGGGUGCUGCUGGGAUUCAGGGUGUCAGAGGAGGAGAUGAGGCAUCUGUUCUCCACCUUCCAGGACUUUGUGGACAACCUAUUCAGUCUGCCUAUAGACCUGCCGUUUAGUGGCUACAGGAAGGGUAUCCGUGCACGAGACACCCUGCAGAAAAGCAUAGAGAAAGCCAUCAGGGAGAAGCCGUGUUCCCAGGGGAAGGAUUACAGCGACGCGCUGGACGUCCUGAUGGAGAGUGCCAAAGAGAACGGCACCGAGCUCACCAUGCAGGAACUGAAGGAGUCGACGAUCGAGCUGAUCUUCGCUGCCUUCGCCACCACGGCCAGUUCGAGCACCUCGCUCAUCACGCAGCUCCUUCGCCACCCUGCCGUGCUGGAGCGCCUGAGGGAGGAGCUGAGAGCCAGGGGUCUCCUCCACAAUGGCUGCCUUAUACCGGGAGAGCUGAGGCUGGACACCAUUGUGAGCCUUAAGUACCUGGACUGUGUCAUCAAGGAGGUGCUGAGACUCUUUACGCCCGUCUCAGGGGCCUACCGAACCGCCAUGCAGACUUUCGAACUUGACGGAGUUCAGAUUCCAAAGGGCUGGAGUGUGAUGUACAGCAUUCGGGACACCCACGACACCUCCGCUGUCUUUAAAGAUGUGGAUGCCUUUGACCCUGACCGCUUUAGUCAGGAGCGGGGAGAAGACAAAGAGGGACGCUUCCACUAUCUGCCUUUCGGCGGUGGUGUCCGGUCCUGCCUGGGCAAGCAGCUCGCCACCCUCUUCCUUCGCAUCCUGGCUAUUGAGCUGGCCAGCACCAGCCGCUUUGAGCUGGCAACCCGGCAGUUCCCCCGAGUUGUCACGGUACCCGUGGUCCACCCUGUCGACGGGCUGAAAGUCAAGUUCUACGGCUUGGACUCCAACCAGAACGAGAUCAUGGCCAAGUCGGAAGAGCUGCUGGGAGCGACUGUUUGAAGGGCAAAGAGUUGUUGAGUGGGGGGGGGGGGGGGGGGGGGGGGGGAGUGAUUGUAGAAGUCUUUCGGGAGAAGAUUGAAGAAAGGACAGAAAGAAUUUCAGAGUUAUUUUUUCUUCUCCAUCUUUGCUCUGCCAAGUUGGAGGUUCCUUUUCAGACUAAAAGAAAAGCAGAAGUCUUCGCCUCUUGUUAUGAUCGGGACUUUUCUCUGAAAAAAGGAAGACGCUGCCAAAAAAGUUCUUAAUUUUGCUCUAUUCUGUGUAUUUUUUAAGGAAAUAUACAAACAAAUGUAUGUACAAAAAAGCUAUGUAAUAUAAUUUGAAAGAGAAUGUGGGUAGUGCACAAUGGGAGAAAGAGAAGUAUGGUGGUACUUUUGGUGAAAUGAAGGGUUGAAUUUGGAAAAGUAAAAGUAAAGACGGUUGCGGAAGGAAGGCGAGCUGGAUGAAACAGGGUAUAGGAUGAAAGAGUAUGAUAAUUUAGCAUUUUGCUGCUUGUGCUUAAUCAAAUGCAGUGAACCGUUUCAGUUGUCUAGCAGGGUAAAAGAGAUGGAUACAAAGACUUAAGAGUUCCAGAUCUUCUGGUCAAAUAUGGUAAAUUGAGUUCAUCAAGGCUUCAUCCAGAUUCAACUCAUGUUUUCUGCUUAUUUGAGAAAGAUUUGAAAGAAUGACAAGCAUCAGUGGUGGGAUUGUGUUUUCCAUCAAGAUUCAAACUGUCUACUGGCUUACAGAUGCAGUCAAAGGGAUCAUAGCACAUUGCGGAGCAGGUUGCGGCACGAGUACACUGUGUUGCUGAGCUUGUAAGAUUGGCGCUGCACCGUUACUUCGAACCAACUACAUCAUGAUGCAGUAAAUAUUUUGAACUUCCAACAUUUGUACCGCUAAUUAUGGUCAAACAUCAAUUCAGGCAGUGAAGGAAUGGGCUUAGAAAUGAGCGGGAAGAUAUUCUGGCUGCAUAUUUUAAUGGGUGGAACACAACAUUUUGAAUGAAUGUAAAUGGACAAUUUGUUCAAGUCUUCUUUUCUAGCCGUUUUCUUCACAAAGCUGCCGCUACAUUUUGUGAUCCUUAUUGAUUUUUCCAUACCAUUUCCAUGCAAGCAUUGUACAGGAGAACAAGCUUCAGUUCUCAAAUGACCAACAUUACAACAAAAACAACCGCUACCCACUAGUUGCCCAUUAGCAUUGACUCUAAAUGUUGCCCAUACUGUACAUAGGCCUACAGCAUAUCACAGUAAGCUUGGUGAUGUGUGAUCUCAGGUGCAGAGUAGACAUUGUGGUGAAUAAUGAAAAAGCCUUUUGCUUUUUGAUAUAUAACCUUGACUGACUGCACAUAAAUAAUGUCUCUUACUCACUGUUGUAGUUUCAGAGCUGGACCAAUUCCUUUUUGAAAAGAUUUAAAUUACUUUGCCUUCCUUCCACUUAUCCACAUAAACUAAAACAUUUCAAGGGUUUCCAAAAACGCUUGCUCUCACUUGAGACACACCCCUAUGCAACCAUUUUGAAUCCCCCCCAGAAGAAAGCAAUUUUGAUGUUGCAAGCAGAAUCAAGCAACAUGAACCUGCAAUUGGCAACACACAAGAUAAAAGUAACAAAGUCAAUGAGUAAUGAGGUCCAGAUCUGCUUUCUAAACUAUCUGAACCUGUGCUUUGAUACAUCAACUACAGUUUUAAGUUGCAUUGAGAUUGUACUGUCUCGGACGGCAAUUAUAUCCAGCAACUAGGAUCCGAUUAAGAACUCGUGAAGCGGCGAGCCUUCCUGAAGCUGGAGGGGGACAGGGGUCAGAGGGAUAAGGUGGAAAUGGAGAGGAGAAGACCCACAUACAUGCUGCUUGAGGGUUGCUUUGUCAUUCUGUGUCUGUUUAUGUGUGUGCUGUUUUUAUUUGUGCUGUCUCCUUUGGGGCAGCCAUUUUGAGUUGUGUGGAGAAGGUGACAUUUUUUCUUGCUGCUCCUCCAAUCAACGCUAAGAAUGCAAAAACAGAAAUUCCAUGGUGUAAGCAACUUUAUUAGCUAUAAGAGAUUUAUUGUUUGAGGUGAUUGCACAAUCAGAACUCUCAGAGCUUUGUGUCUUCCAUGAUUAGAGAGGAAAGUUUCUACAACGGAACUCUGGGACAUUCUAGCGGAACUCUUGGACGUCUUAAAAUCCCCGGAGAGGGUUCUAAAUUCCAUUCCGAAGCUUAAGCGAGAAGGACCAAUGAGGUUUCAGGGGAGGGCAGGGUUGCGCUCUGAGGGCUUUUCUUAUUGGAAGAUCCUGUUGUCCAAUAGCAUUACAGAUGGAUUCUGCCAGUGCUAGACAUUGUUCACUCUCUCUACCAACCACACCACUGAUUUCUUCAUGAUAAAAAAUUAUAUGAAAAUGGAUUUUUUUUGCUGCUUUUCUUGUGUACAUUUUCUAAUUGAGAGUUCUAGAUUGCAAUAGUUUGUAUCGAGUGAGAUUUGCUAUUUCUUCCCCUUUAUAUAUAUAUAUAUAUAUAUAUAUAUAUAUAUAUAUAUAUAUAAAAUUUAGCUAAUUAAAAUAUUUGCAUUUUGUGAAAGCAAAAAGAGCAUUCAUAGAUUAUAGUGUACAUUCAUUUGUACAAUAUUAAUUUCUUUAGCAAGCCAUGGGAAAAAGCAGCUAUUUACGUCUACUAAUAACCUAAUAUUAAUGUUAUUGUACUAUUAAUAUUGUUAUAAAAUAUUUGAAAUGCUAAUUUUUAUUCUAUUACAGAUUUAGAAGUUUUAGCCUGAAUGGGAAGGUCUUUGGUAAAUAUUGGAUGUAUUUAGAAUAUUAUGAAUUUCAGUUAUAUUGUAAACAGUGUGUAAAAUGUUAAUAUUGUUGAUUUGAUGUAAUAAAUAUUAUUUGUUUUGUUAUUCAGA